AUGGCUGCUGAGGUAGUUGUGUCGGUUGUGAUGCAGAAACUCACCAACAUGCUGAUUCAAGAAUCGACGAUCUCCGACGAGAUGAUAGAUCAGGCCGAGGGCCUCAGAAUAAGAUUCAGAGAAAUGCAAAAAUACUUGAGAGAUGCGGAAAGCAAACAAGAAAGCUACGAAGAUGUUAGGAAGUGGAUGGCAGAGUUUCUGGGCAUAGCGUAUGAUUUGGAGGACUUCGUCGACAUUUUUGUCCUCGAAAGAACGCGACGGAGGAGAUCGAGCUUCAUCGGCUACAUUGCGACAUUGGAAGGCCUGAAGGCUACUCUGAAACUCUGCAGCGAGAUGAAAGAAAUAGAAGGCAAAAUCUCGGAUUAUAUGUCCAAGUUUAGCCAAAUAAACCAGCGCCUUACUCUCCCAAUGGACACUGGGCCAAUUUUGCGAAAGCAAAAUGAUCUGCCUGAGGACCUGCCCUCCCACCUGAGGCCUUGCCUUCUGUAUCUGGGAAUGUUUCCAAAAGAAGUGGACAUACCCGUGAGAAGAUUGUUUCAUCUAUGGCUUGCAGAAGGAUUUGUGAAACAGUCGCCUGGAAUGUCUCCAGAGGAUUUGGUGGAGGAAUAUCUAGCAGAGCUGGUGAGAAGAGAAAUGAUUCUUGUGUUUAGUUUCAGGUCAGAUGGAAGUGCAAAGACAUGCCGUAUGCCGGAAAAGCUUCGGCAUGUCCUUUCACUCAAAGCUGAGGAAAUUGGUCUCUUUUAUAUCCAUGGGAAAUUAGCUUCUCGUGCAUCAGUAUCAUCAGUCUCAGAUCCCCAGUUUGCAGUUCGUCGUGUGGUUGAGCAUGCUGACAUUAAAGACUACCCAGGUGACUCUGAGUUUUAUGUCAAAAAUCUGCGCUCUUAUAUUUCCUUUAACACCCAAAAGAAGGAUCUGCAAGCAAUCCAAAUUGGGAAGUUUGUGAGCAAGAUUAUUGGUAAAAGAGGAUAUGCAUUACUUAGGGUGCUUGAUCUUGAAGGGGUUUAUAAACCUCAGUUGCCUGAAGAGCUGGGGUUUCUUUACCACUUGAGGUAUCUGGGUUUGAGGUGGACCUUCUCGGAUGCUCUUCCUACAUCUGUGGGGCACCUAGCCUACCUAGAGACCCUGGAUGUCAAGCACACUUAUAUAAGAACUCUCCCAAGUACCAUUUGGAAAAUGAAGCUUCUGCGGCAUCUAUACUUGAAUGAUAUUCGGUUGGACAUGUCUGUGCAUAGAUAUAGAACUAAUCCUCUGACCCAACUUCAGACAUUGUGGGGGUUAUUGGUGGACAAGAAGACCCCCGUGAAGGAUGGUCUGAACAGGUUGGUUAAUCUCAGAAAACUGGGUCUCACAUGCCACUCAAUCUCCACGGAAGAAAUAGGCCAGUGGAUCUUAAGACUAACAGGCCUCAGGUCCUUAAAGUUGAGAUGUAAGAAUGAAAUAGGCGAACCUUCAUCACUCCAUCUACCGUCUUUGGCGAAUCUCCAGCACCUCACACAUGUUUAUUUGCUGGGUAGAUUACCAAAGUUAAAUGAAAAGUUCGAAUUCCCACCUCAACUCAGAGUCCUAACUUUAUCAGUCUCAAAACUAGAGGAUGAUCCUAUGCCAAAGCUAGCUCAGCUUAAAAACUUGUCCGUGCUGAGGCUUUUGGCUAAUUCUUACACUGGAAAAAAAAUGGAUUGCCCUGAAGGAGGGUUUGGUUCACUUCGAGUUCUGAGACUAUGGAUGCUGGAAAAUCUAGAGGAAUGGGAGGUGGCAGAAGGAGCUAUGAAGAACCUCCAAGAAUUGGAAAUCCGAUGCUGCAGUAGCCUUAAAGCAGCUCCAGAUAGAGUGCUGAAAUCUAGUAACUUUGAAAAAUUGAAUCUAAUAAAUAUGCCACUGGCAUUUGUUGCAGAUUGUGAAGCUAAAAAGCAGGAGAAAAUAACCAUGACCGAGGAAACAUGGGAAUUCUGA